AUGUUCGCGAAAAUUUGGAGAAUUUCGAGGAUGUCGACUCCUUCAAGGAAGAGGCUGAUGAGGGACUUCAAGCGGCUGAUGCAGGACCCUCCUGCGGGCAUAAGCGGGGCGCCGCAGGACAACAACAUAAUGCUGUGGAAUGCUGUGAUUUUUGGCCCUGACGAUAGCCCGUGGGACGGAGGUACGUUUAAGCUGACUCUCCAGUUCAAUGAAGAAUAUCCUAAUAAGCCACCAACAGUUCGGUUUAUUUCUCGGAUGUUUCACCCUAACAUUUAUGCUGAUGGAAGCAUAUGCUUAGAUAUUCUACAGAAUCAGUGGAGCCCAAUAUAUGAUGUAGCUGCUAUACUUACAUCUAUCCAGUCGCUGCUGUGUGAUCCUAACCCGAAUUCGCCUGCUAACUCAGAAGCUGCCCGCAUGUUCAGUGAGAACAAGCGAGAGUACAACCGCAAAGUGCGGGAGAUUGUUGAGCAGAGCUGGACGGCAGACUAA